AUGCUUGGUGUAGAGACGUGGAAGGGACUGCGGACGUUGGGGGCUCGUGAUCUGGUUGCUCACCGUAAGACAGCACAAUUCGGUCGAAAACACUCUCAUGAGUGCCUAAAUGAAGCCUCACCUUUACUCGAGGCUUUUUUGUCUCCUCUAUUUUUGGGUUACAGCGCCGAUGGCUGGAGUGGCACUGCUUUCGCUGUUGCACUAACUGGCGACAAGACUCAAGUGUUGUGCACCCGUCACUCGCCGCUGGCUAAAAGGAACACCUCUAACCUCCACAUCUUUCCAACGCUUCGAGGCAUCGGUGAUUUUAAAUCCAGUAUCAAGAAGUCGGAGGUGGUUUUUGUGGACUCUGCCCAAACCCCCUCCUCUUCCCCCUCCCCCACCCAAUUUUCCGCUUUUCCUCCACCUUGUAAGUGUUGGCCACGGCCUAUUUGUGCGCGCAAGUAUGUGGAAUGGGAACGUCAAAUGGAGUUUAGUAACCACUCAAGCGGGGCGGGCGGCACUCCUGUCAAGCAGUUGCGUCUUCGUCUAGAGACAUCGGAGCGCAUCGUUCACACAAAUUCGAAUGUUGAAUUCGAACAUCAUGACUACUACUUUACAUAA